ACUUAAUUCGCACUUUAUUUAUUUUUCCCCUUCAUUCUAAUUCACCUCCCACGAGCAAUGAUUACCAUUAGACAGGCCACGGCUGGCGACGAAAUUGCCAUGCAGCACUGCAAUCUGACCAAUCUCCCAGAGAACUACCAAAUGAAAUACUACCUCUAUCAUUUCGCCACCUGGCCCCAGCUCUCCUUUGUCGCCGAAAACGAAAACGGCCGCGUAGUGGGCUACGUUUUGGCUAAAAUGAACAACGAUGAAAAGGACGUUGAACCGCCGCUCAACGGCCACAUCACCUCUCUUUCCGUAAUGCGCAGCUACCGGCGACUGGGCCUCGCCGAGCGCCUUAUGAGCCAGGCUCAGCGCGCAAUGGUCGAAGUGUAUGGAUCCAAGUGUGUUUCCUUGCAUGUGCGCGUUUCUAAUACGGCAGCGUUCUCACUGUACAAGAAGACUCUCAAGUUUGAAAUCGACAGUACGGAGGCAAAGUAUUAUGCGGAUGGAGAAGACGCGUAUUCCAUGAAGAAGAACUUGGAUGGAUUGUACGCGACAGAAAUGGACAGUAUUGAUUUUUGAAAUAUAAAAAUAUCAGAGCACAAGUAAGAUUGUAAUGUGGAGUUGCUUGGGCCAGGGUUUUUCUACUUUUUAUUUUUGCUUCAAAUGUCCGUUUAAUAGAGGCACAUUGCU